AUGCUUAAAGAACUAAGUGCAGGUUUCUGUCUCAAGGCCUUUCUAGCUGAGCUGAUAGCAACCUUCUUAUUUGUCUUUGUUGGUCUAGGCUCAACUCUAUCAUGGUCGUUGGGCAUCCCAACUGUUCUUCAAAUAGCCUUCACCUUCGGUUUGGGCAUAGGCACUAUGGUACAAGCAGUAGGUCACAUAAGUGGCGCCCAUAUUAAUCCAGCUGUUAGCAUAGCCCUCCUUGUUGGGGCUCGAAUCUCUUUAGUUCAGACCUUUUUCUAUAUCAUAGCUCAGAUGUUGGGUGCAGUUAUAGGAGCAGCUUUACUUUCCGAGUUUGUCUCACCUGAAAUCAAAGGAGGAUUUGGAGUUAAUCAGCCAAGCAACAAUGUGACCUCUGGACAAGCCCUGGCCAUUGAGAUUGUGCUGACAUUUCAACUGGUCCUCUGCAUCUUUGGCUCAACAGACAGUCAGAGGUCAGAUAACAUUGGGUCCCCAGCCUUAUCCAUCGGACUUUCUGUUGUUCUGGGACACUUACUUGGGAUCUAUUAUACGGGAUGUUCCAUGAAUCCAGCACGUUCUUUUGGUCCUGCACUAAUUACAGGGAACUUUACAUAUCACUGGAUUUUUUGGGUGGGACCAAUAACAGGAGCCAUACUGGCUUGUCUAGUUUAUGACUAUCUGUUUGUACCCUAUUCAAUAACCACCAGUGAGAGAAUGGAAAUCCUGCGUGGCAACACACAAGAGAAUGAGAAAGAGGAAAGAAGGAAACAAUCUGUAGCCCUCAAUUCCCUCUACAGCCAAUCAAAUCAUAGAGAAAAAGUGUAA